AGUUCAAAAACACUGUCUCUCAGCUCGAUCCGUGUUCACUUCCUUCACGUUACACUCACCCGUUUGACCACGAUGAUGAUGAUGAUGAUGAUGAUGAUGAUGCCUGCUCACGAGGACUCUCCCAAGUGUUAAAUGUUUGAAAUCCAGGGCCGAAAUUCACGUGCAGACAGAGGAGAAAGAGAUCCGAUGCAUCCUUGCAGCAGGCAGUGCCAAGGAGAGCUCGUAAUCUGGAGUUAGGAGCGCAGUGAAAAAAGUCCUGUGCGGUCCGCCUGUUUUCCUGCUAAGAGUAAAGCAUUUUAAACAUCAGCAAGCUGGCUCACUGUCUCCCGACCCAGCCCGCUUUGACAGCUGCGCUUCACCCGCUCUGGAGGACGGUCGGCAGCAAGAGGAUGGCAUCAGAGCUGGCACUGAGCAGCUCCGACCUGCCCACCAGUCCCCUGGCCAUGGAAUAUGUUAAUGACUUCGAUCUGAUGAAGUUUGAGGUGAAGAAAGAGCCACUGGAGCCCGAUCGCAGCAUCAGCCAGUGCAGCCGCCUGAUCGCCGGGGGCUCCCUGUCUUCCACCCCGAUGAGCACGCCCUGCAGCUCGGUGCCCCCUUCCCCAAGCUUCUCGGCGCCCAGCCCGGGCUCCGGGAGCGAGCAGAAGGCGCACCUGGAGGAUUUCUACUGGAUGACCGGCUACCAGCAGCAGCUCAACCCGGAGGCGUUGGGCUUCAGUCCCGAGGACGCGGUCGAAGCGCUGAUCAGCAGCACGCAUCAGCUCCAGAGCUUCGACGGCUAUGCUAGAGGGCAGCAGUUCAGCGGCGCCGGCGGGCCGGGGGGCGCCGUGGCCGGGGAGGAGAUGGGAUCCGCCGCCGCGGUGGUGUCCGCAGUCAUCGCCGCCGCUGCAGCUCAGAACGGGGCACCUCACCACCACCACCAUCACAGCCACCACCACCACCACAGCCACCACCAGCAGCACCAAAGCCCCGGGGUGCAGUCCAGCGGCAACUCGUCCGCCACCCACCACCAGCACUCCCACCUGGACGACCGCUUCUCGGACGAGCAACUCGUGACGAUGUCCGUGCGGGAGCUCAACCGGCAGCUGCGCGGCGUCAGCAAAGAGGAGGUGAUCCGACUCAAACAGAAGAGGAGAACCCUGAAAAACAGAGGCUAUGCCCAGUCGUGUCGCUACAAGAGGGUGCAGCAGAGGCACGUGCUGGAGGGCGAGAAGACCCAGCUCAUGCAGCAGGUGGACCACCUCAAACAAGAGAUCUCCAGACUGGUUCGGGAGAGGGACGCGUACAAGGAGAAGUACGAGAAGCUCGUGAGCAGCGGCUUCCGAGAAAACUCGUCGAGCAGCGACAACAACCCCUCGUCCCCGGAGUUUUUCAUGUGAGUUCCCUAAAAAGCCUAAGAAAGAAAUCGAUAAAGGGUUUUUUUUUUUUUGUUUUAAGUUUUGGGGGUUGUUAGACCAAGGCUGACAACGUUUUUUUAAAGAAGUUCGUCUUGAGUUUGGGGGGCUUGUUGUGCAACCAAACAGAUUUCCCCCCGUCAUAUGCAUUUAUAUUAUUUUCGAAUAAGUUAAUAUUUUGAUGUGUAUGCACAUACACUCACCAUAUUGACUGUCAUUCACCUUUUACUUUUUUUAUAAAGAAAGUUUGCUAUUUUUAUUUUUCAUUUACAUAUAUUUUUUGCUCUUUUGCCAAAGUCAGAGGAUUUUUCCCCCAUUAUCAUCUCAUGCCUUCUGCUUGCUGUUUUGUGACUUUACAUGAGAAUCUAUAGACGAUAUAAAGAGACAUGCCAUUGAAGUGCCUGCAUGCUGGACAUGUAUGGUCUUUUUGUUUUCCUUUAUUUCCUCUCCGUUUUUUAUGCGCUUAAAGUGAACUUCUUCCGGGAAAAGAACUUCUGCUCAGCAUGGCGUACAUACAUUUCUUUUAUUUCCCGAUCACUUUUUUGGAGUACGGACUAAAAAAGUGAAAGGAGCAUCAUGCCAUCAUCCUGCCCAUGAAAAAGUUGAUCCAUGCAGUUUCCAUACAGUUAAUUCUCUUUUGAGAGCCAACGGGAAGCAGUGUUGCAGGGGAGAGAACAAGGACCUGGUUUCUAAAAGGAAUUCUCCCUCUGGGACUUAAACAGUAUUGUUGCUCGAAGCGGUUUGUGUAUUUAAUGUCAAACCUUUGCAUUUUGAUAACUCUGAAAUGAACUACUUUUUUUUGUUUUCCUUUUGCAUCAUGUAAGAACAUUUCGAGGUAGCCCAUGCCACAGGUUGACACGGAGAAGGUGACUUAGAGUUUAGAUGUUGCCUGAUCGUUUUGUUAGACGUUUGGGGAAGCUCCAAGUUUGCGUACAGCUGGAUUUUUAUCAUGCGUAACUUGAGCUUUUUGCAGCAUGUACUUGCGAUGAAAACAACAGUUUGACAGUCGUCGUUCCUGUUGUAGCCUGCCAUUUACUGUUUUUUAAAACCAAAGUAUUAAAAAGUAGAAUUUCAAGUCAACAUGGAAAAUCAUGCAUUCAGAAAAAAAAAACAAAAAAAAAAAAUGUCUGAUAUAAAAUCUGACCUAUCUGGAAUGAGUUGCACUAAAUGUAGCUUAUAGCAAAUUAUAUGUCACGUAUUGGAAUCUAGAACGCUAAUUUAAAAGGCACCCGUCAUGGCUUUGCUGAAAACUAAAGGAUAUAAUCUUAUUUAGAUAUAUAUUGUCAAGCAGGACUCGAUUCUUUUUCUUUCUUUCUUUCUUUCUUUCUUUCUUUCUUUCUUACUUUUUAUUUUGUUAAUAAAUGCAUUAUUUACAUGGCAAUAAUGUAGUAAUCAAUAUUAAAAUGUCUGGACAUUGUUUUAUGGUCAGGGAUUGAUACCCUGCUUGUAUAAAAUCAGGAUAUACCAUUCAUCAAUAAAUUCUUAAAACUAUGUUAAUUAUUAUUUUUUUUUUCAUAUAUAUUUUGCUGUGCAAAAUUAUUUUACCCACUAACCAUAUGUGAUGUUCAUAUAUGCUUAUUUUCAUUUCAUACAAUUCUAUGAUAUGCAAUAAAAUGCGGUUUGGGCCACUUAAA